UAUAAUUGUCGAGAAUGUUAUUUAAUUUUAGAACAGUAGAAUAAAAUUAUUUUAGCAAAGAAAAAAAAAUUGUGAGCUUCAUGUUUUCAAAUGCCUCCGAGGAGACAAAGUAGUGUAGUGUUGAUGUAAAGAUGUAAGAUGUCCAAGUUCACACGCUCGAAAUGCAAGGAUUGGAGGCGUACACGUGCGAGGGAUCGUUCACCGUUAAACCGAGGCGGGUCGUAACGGUCUUCCCCGAAACGCCCGAGACGCCGAGACCUGUUCUCUGCUACAUAAAUAGCCCACUCGUCACUCCUCUUCCAUCUCUUUCUCUCUCUCUGUUCUGAAACUUCAAUCUAGCUCCAUCUCUCUUUGAUCCCUUCGGAAAAUAUCACCAUGGAUGAAGAAUACGACGUUAUCGUUCUCGGCACGGGCCUCAAGGAAUGCAUUCUCAGCGGUCUCCUCUCUGUCAAUGGUCUCAAGGUAUUACACAUGGAUAGGAAUGACUACUAUGGUGGAGAAUCCACCUCACUUAAUCUCAACCAGCUUUGGAAGCGAUUCAGAGGCAGUGACAAGCCUCCUGAACAUCUGGGCUCAAGCAAAGAGUACAAUGUUGAUAUGAUCCCAAAGUUCAUGAUGGCCAAUGGUGGCUUGGUUCGUGUUCUCAUCCACACUGAUGUGACUAAGUAUCUGAAUUUUAAGGCUGUAGAUGGUAGUUUUGUGUACAACAAAGGGAAGAUCCACAAAGUUCCAGCUACUGAUGUGGAAGCACUUAAAUCCCCCCUAAUGGGAUUGUUUGAGAAACGUCGGGCUCGAAAAUUCUUCAUUUAUGUGCAAGACUAUGAAGAGAAUGAUCCAAAAUCUCACGAAGGGCUGGACCUCCACAAAGUUAAAGCAAGAGAUCUAAUUUCGAAAUAUGGACUAGAUGACAAUACAGUUGACUUUAUUGGGCAUGCACUGGCACUCCAUGUAGAUGAUAAUUACUUGGAUGAGCCUGCUAUGGGUUUUGUAAAGAGAAUGAAGCUAUAUGCAGAGUCAUUGGCACGAUUUCAGGGUGGAUCCCCCUACAUAUAUCCCUUGUAUGGAUUGGGAGAACUGCCACAGGCAUUUGCUCGUUUGAGUGCAGUUUAUGGUGGCACUUACAUGCUUAGCAAGCCAGAAUGCAAGGUAGAGUUUGAUCAAAAUGGAAAGGCUGUCGGUGUGACUUCUGAAGGGGAAACCGCAAAAUGCAAAAAAAUUGUGUGUGAUCCUUCAUAUUUGCCUAACAAGGUAAAGAAGGUCGGGAAAGUUGCCCGUGCUAUAUGCAUAAUGAGCCAUCCCAUCCAAAACACUAGUGAUUCUCACUCAGUCCAGGUUAUUCUGCCUCAGAAACAACUUGGGCGCAAAUCAGAUAUGUACCUGUUCUGUUGCUCAUAUUCUCAUAAUGUAGCUCCGAAAGGAAAAUACAUUGCUUUUGUUACAUCAGAAGCAGAGACUGACAACCCUGAGGUGGAACUGAAGCCUGGAAUAGAGCUCCUGGGGCCAGUAGAUGAAAUAUUUUUUGAUACUUAUGACAGAUAUGAGCCCGUUAACCAGCAUAAUGUUGACAACUGUUUCAUAUCCACUAGUUAUGAUGCAACAACACACUUUGAGUCAACAGUACAAGAUGUGAUUGCCAUGUACAGCAAGAUAACUGGAAAGGCUCUUGACUUAACUGUGGAUCUGAGUGCUGCCAGUGCUGCCGCAGAAUGAAAGUUUUAGGCCCUACAAACGACAAGAACCAGACUUGGAACACCAAUAGCACACAUUUCUUUUUACUCUUCCAGAAAUUUCUCUCUAUUUUUUCAGUCUAGUAUAACUUUUUGCAUCCAUAACAAUUUGAUUGCUUUUACUUGUUUAGCAUGUUUAAGUCCAGGCGCAAGUCGAUAAAUUUUCCUUAUAAGACUAGUGCUGAAGGACUUCAUUGUCAUCUGUUAUAUUGUUUUUUUCGGUUAUAAGCAAUUGGAAUCUUGGAUCAUCAAAGCAUAUAUAGAAUUUUUUAACCCAAAGAAAA